UUUGAAAUUCACGAUAAAAGUGGUCAUUACCGCCGAACCCGAGGUAGUGUCAAAAAAUGUCUACUCAAACGCCUACCAAAUACUGUCGUAUAUGCGGCGAUAUAGCCGUGAAUUCAAAUGCUUUUUGGGCGGCAAUUGUGUCAUAACUGCCGACAAUCGCAAACACUGUAAGAGAUGUCGUUUAGAUAAGUGUUUGGCCGCCGGAAUGAAACCCCACUUAAUUUAUUGCCGUAAACUUAAAUGGGAUCUAAAGUACUUAAAUGACAUACAAGUAGUCGAGGGCUCGUCAACCAGUGGUGAAGAUUUAUUACCAUUUGAUUUCACGGAUAAACAAUAUAUUGACACAAAUGUGGACAACAUUUGCGAUAUGAGUGGACACAUAUCGGGCCAACAACUGGUGGCCAUCGAUAGGCCGAUCACUGAUUACAACACUGUUUUCAAUGAAUUAGAAGGCAAUCGAUUCACUGAAUUACUGAACGCCACUAAAACACCUGAAAACACCGGUAAUCCCAGGGAUGAGACACUUGUCGAUGAGAUGACCGACGGAUUACUUGUAUUAGCGCUGAAACACGAGAAUUGGAUUAAAGAGACGGUAGAAAUGUGUCAACUAUUGGCCAGUUUUGGCGAUCUCUGCGAAAACGAUCGCUUAAUUUUGAUUAAAUACUCGUCGAUUAAGAUUAAUGUUUUACGUAUGGUUUCGUCGUUUAAUUAUCAAGCAAUCUUCCUAUUUAACCCCAAUCGGCCGCACCUAACUCAUAAAACCACAAUUAAACACCAACAGAAUUUGCAUGAUAAAAUAUUGGAGCACUGCAUCGGCCACUGGCCUAAACACACGACACCUCUCUUUACAGAGAUUUGCAAUCGUUAUGAA